AGUAUCAAGGUUAGUAGAUAUUUAAGUACUUAAAUACCUACUAACCUUGGGUUAUUAUAAUAAAAAAAUAGGAGUAAAUAGACAACUAUUGCAAGUCUAAUUUAUUCUGUGCUGUGACCGUGCCAUGAUACCAACAUCCGUCACAGAUACAAGAAGAAGUGUCACCACACAAAGGAAACAGAAGAUAAAUGUUUAUGAUUUUUGGCGCCUAUUCAUAACCUAACUUUAUAACAAUGUCAAUUUCAAAUUUCAUUUUACAAGUACUUACAACUUACUUAUCUCUGCAAGUAUAGAAGUACCUAUUACCUACUCUUUUCUAUGACAAGUACAAAAAUAAAAGCUAAAUAUAUUUGAAAGUUUUUCCCAUUUUAUAUUUACUUAAUCAUGGCUACAGUUACAAUUAGGGGUGUUCCAAUUUCUUUUCCAUUUGAACCAUACGAUAUACAAAAGGAAUACAUGGAUAAAGUAUUAGAAUGUUUACAAAACGAAACGAAUGGAGUGCUUGAAUCGCCAACAGGAACUGGAAAAACUUUAUCCUUAUUAUGUUCAACUUUAGCAUGGUUACAGCUAAAAAAAGCUCAGGUUCAAGCACAAAGACAAAUCUCCAUGCAAGAAAACGAAAACGAUUUUUUAGCAACUAUCAACAGUAAACUAAACGAAAUUGCGGGGAAACAAAUUAGUUCAAGAGCUCUUUCUGGAAUUCCUACAGUAAUUUAUGCUUCUCGCACACAUUCCCAGCUCAGUCAAGCUAUGCAAGAAAUGAAGAAAACAGCUUAUAGUCAUAUGAAAGCUAUUGUUCUAGGUUCAAGGGAUCAGUUGUGUAUUCAUCCAGAAGUUGAAAAGGAAGAAAAUAGAAAUUUUAAAAUUAUGAUGUGUCGUUUGAAAAGAAAAACAAGAUCUUGCAAAUUUUUUAAUAAAGUGGAAGCAAGUGCUCAAAAUAAGAAUGUAUUGGAUAUCAAUGUCAUGGAUAUUGAAGAUCUUAUUAAACUUGGCAAAUGUAAUGGUUUUUGUCCAUUUUAUAUGUCAAAGGAAUUAAAAGAUCAAGCAGAUAUAAUAUUUAUGCCAUAUAACUACUUAAUAGAUCCUUCAAUAAGAACAAGGUUAGGAAUUAAUUUAUCAAAUACAGUGGUGAUACUUGAUGAAGCUCAUAAUGUCGAAAGACUUUGUGAAGAGUCAGCUUCUCUUCAAAUAAAGUCGUCAGAUGUUGCAUUGGCGAUUGACGAAGUGACAGCUAUUAUGAAAAUGUUAUCGUCAGAAGAAACAUUGCAAUUUGACGACACACCUAAAGAUUUUGACGCUAAUGAUCUAUGUAACCUUAAAGAAGUGUUCUUAAAUCUAGAACAAGCUAUAGAUAAAAUUGAUUUAUCAACUGGACCAAAUUCUGAGGUGACGCUUGAUGGUACAUUUAUAUUUGAGUUAUUAGCAGAAGCUGGAAUUCGUGCAGAUAAUUUCUUUAUUAUUCAAAAAUUAAUCUCGAGUAUCGUUCAGUAUUUAGUAACGGUAAACGAUGGACCAUUUGCUAGAAGAGGAAAUAGUCUACAAAUUUUUGAAGAAAUUUUAGGGGUUGUUUUUAUGGAUUCUUCAUCUGAAUUUAAAGCUAAAGUCAAGAAAUGUUACAAGUUAUACGUAAAGGCAGAGGAAGUAAAAAAGAAAACUCCAGAUAAUUGGCUUUCAAAAAUGGUAUCUACCAAAUCAGGAGGAAAAAUAAUUAACUAUUGGUGCUUUAGUGCAGGUUUUGGUAUGAACAUGCUAAUGAGACACGGUUUGAGAACAUUGAUAUUAACCAGUGGAACUUUGGCACCAUUACGGCCGCUCAUAUCUGAAUUGGAACUCCAAAUUAACGUGAGACUAGAAAAUCCGCAUGUAAUAUCCAAUGAUCAGUUUUGUGUUAAAAUUAUACCAACAGGUCCUGAUUCCGAAACUUUAAAUAGUAAUUUUCAAAAUAGAGACAAUCCUAAAUAUAUAAAUUCUCUUGGCAUGACAAUAAUGAAUAUAGCUAGAAUAGUCCCCGAUGGUAUGUUGAUAUUUUUUCCAUCAUAUCCUAUUAUGUUGAAAUGUCAACAGAUGUGGCAGCAGAGCGGAGUUUGGAAUAGCAUAUGUAACCAGAAGGCAAUUUUUGUAGAACCGAGAGAUAAAAACUCAUUUAACACAGCCAUGACUGAGUAUUAUGCAAAAGUAAAAGAUCCCGCAUAUAAGGGAGCAAUUUUUAUGGGUGUUUGUAGAGGAAAGGUUUCUGAAGGAUUAGAUUUUGUUGACGCCAACGGUAGAGCAGUGUUGAUCACUGGUCUGCCUUAUCCGCCUUUCAAAGAUCCAAAAGUAUCGUUAAAGAAGCUCUACCUAGAUAGGUGUAAUGCAGAUGAUAAGGGAUAUCUUAGAGGACAAGAGUGGUAUAAUUUGGAAGCGUCUAGAGCGGUAAACCAGGCUAUUGGCAGAGUAAUACGACAUAAGGACGAUUAUGGCGCUAUACUUUUGCUCGAUUCAAGGUUUAAUAGUAAAAUUAUAAAGGAUCAAAUGUCUCUAUGGGUUAGAAACCAUAUCAGAGUAUCUAAUAAUUUUGGCGAACUAGUAAGAGACUUAAGACAGUUUUUCAAAAAUGCCGACUCUAAGUAUAAAUCUGUGAUUGAGGCAAAAUCGUUAGCACCUCCUUCAGCUGAAUUUAACACUUACUUGAAUUAUAAGUCUGGCGGUUUGAGUGCCUCAACAUCGUCAUCAUCUGACAAUUUGGAUAGCACAGGAGAAGUUGUUAUUCAUAAUCGAACAUCAACAGAAAACCGAAAACAACCUUCGAAAAAAAUAAAAUUGACUGUUGUACCAAACUCUUCAAAGUCGACGAAGACAGAGAAAGGCGAUGUUACGAAAGAGUAUAUUAUUAUGGUGAGGAAAAAUCUAGAUGAUACUUCAUUUAAGGCGUUUGUAGAAGCCAUACAAAAUUAUAAGGCUGUGAGUGAUUUAGAUUCCUUAACGUCUAGUUUAGAUGCUAUAUUUAAGACAAAGAGUCAUUUAAAAUAUCUAAUUCCCGGUUUAGAAUCAUAUAUUAAAUUAGAUCAUAAGUCAGAUUUCAGCAACUAUUGUCAAAAAAAUGGUUUCCUUGAUAUUUGAGGUCAAUAUUCCUUUGAUUUGUAUAACUUGGACCAUUCAGUUAAGAACAAAACAAUAUUAUGAUCAAUACCUUAAAAUUUUUUUUGUUCUAAAUUUAAUUAACAAAAACAACUUUUUCAGGAAAUUUUUUUAAAGAAAUCAUGAACUUUUUUUAUUGUAUAGAUAUUAUCUUUUUUAGUCCUGAUGAAAUGAAAUGACGAACUAUUUAUUUAAUCCACUAUUUGUCCAAAGCAUUAUGGCAUCUUAAUUUAAUAGAUUAACUAGAAUAUUAUGUGAUUCUUAGACAGGUAUUAGUAAUAAUCAAUAAGUAUCCUUACCCAUAAUUAUUUAUUGUAAAAUUACAUAAAUGUUAUCCUAUUAAUAAAAUCAGCAAGAAUUUACACUGAAGAGCAAAAAGUUAAGUUCAUCAUAUUAAUACAUUUAUCAAAAUGAACGGUAAUGAAUAUGAUCGUCAUCAUCAGUGGUACCACACCGCUAGUUGAGCCUCGACCUUCCUUCAUCUGUUUCACGAGUCAAUUUGUCACGUAAAGCCUACUCACUUUCUUAUUUACUCUAUCCUUCAGACUUGGCGUGUCCUUACUCCCGUUUGUCACUUAUUCUUAAGAUGCCUUUCUCCAUUACUGGCGGUUGGCCAUAAUUUCCGCAAAUUGCUCUGUUUUGAUCUGUUCUUAGUAACGAAUGGGUGACUGUUCAGUCCAGUCUCUUACAUUCUUUAACCACAAGCAUGUUCUUCUCCCGCGCCCCUUUUUCCUUUUAGCUUCCAUUCCAUUAUGCUUCGCAGUUAAUUGUAUGUUUGUCAUCUUUAAAUAUGUCCAAGAUAACUUGUUUUUCGGUAUUUUGUAAUAUUUAAAAGUUCUCUUUAGGUUCCAUCGUUCUAAGUACUUCAUUAUUGGCCACGUGCUAUAUCCAAGACAUCAUCAAUGUCCUAAGGAAAAUACACAUUCAAAGGCUUCUAUCUGCCUGAUACACUUAAUUCCACUUUGUAUAACAAUACUGAAUAGAUGCAGGUUUUCAUAAAUAGCUAUCGAACAUCCACAGAUAAGGUAAGAUUUUCAUUCUUGAAGAGUGAAUAAGGCAUAUUAUAUACGACCUCGUGUUUUAACUUCGUGGUCAAAAUCGUUUGUAAUAUUGUUUAAGAUGUUGGAAUAUGUGUACAGGUUCUAUCUGAUUGUUGUAUACACAUACUUGGGUGGCGAUUACUUUUAUUUUGAUUGUCCUUAUUUUCAACCCUAAAGUAUCUCCUUCAAGGGUUAUGGAAUUCAAAAGUCGUUAAAAACACUGUACUGUACGCAAUAUUGAUUAUGUUGCCUGUGUAUCUUAAUGUUAUUUAUACUUCAUCUAAUUUACUAACCGUUGCACGUCAUUAUCAUUGACAGAGAUCGAAGUUGACAUAGUUGCCAAAGUAUAAAAAAAUCCUGAAUCCAUUUUAAAUCGAAUAGGUCACAUAAUUAUUGCAAAAGUGGAUUAUAUAACAAAACAAAUUAAUAUUUAAUGUAAAUAAAUAGAAACAAUACAAGAGUUAAAAAAAUCUUGUUAAAAACAAUUUGAGCCGCUUGUAUGCGUCGUAUAAAGAUGUAAAAUGGAAUACUUAAACAAAGACAACACUUUUUUUAUUACUUAUUAACUUUGAAAUGUUUUGAUACAACUAAAUUUUCAAACGCUUUUUUUUAUUUUUCUUCAGAUUCAUUUAAAUUUCGGUUUUCUGAUCGAUAGUGAUUAUGCAACUAAGAUAAUAUUAUAAUAAUAAUUACAACGACUAUUUAAAUUAUUACAUGACAUUUUUGAAAUAAAACACACUAAUUUUGUUCUAAAAAGAACAAAUUUUAUUAAAUAGUUAAAAAUAUAAAACAAGAGGUAUUCACUUUAAAAUUCAAAAUAAUAAAGUACAACAAGUGUCAACACUGCAACUAUCAAAUAAGUGUUACCAAUUUAUGCCCAAUUAUCACCUUCGUUCGAUUACAGUUACAGUGUAUUCCGAACAAAUGUUCUUUAUAAAAACACUUUAUAAUGCAUAUAUACAAAUUAAAUGAAACAUAUUAUUGUGUAUUUCUUAAGUUAACAUUAAUAGAAAUAUUAUCACCUAUCGCCUAAAUAUUUCGUGCUGGUAUCAUGUGACCUCACGGGCUAUAUAUGACGCGGACAUCGAGCAAAAAGACAAAAGAGGGAAUGUAAAGGUAGUGGGGGCAAACAUAUUGUUAGACAGGAAGUGCGAUCUUUAGAGGCCACAUUAAACAAGGAAAGAGAGUCUCUCUCCUUGUUUGACAUCAAAUUUAGUUGGAUUAUGUUAUUGUUUGUCCCAAAUGUCACAUGAAAUCUUAUUUAUAUUGAAGUUUUUUAACAAUUGUGUCGCAUUUUAGACUCUUAUCAUUAAUAAUUAAUUAAAACUUUCUCGUCUAAGACACAUUCUGAAAAAUAUUAUAUAGCUACUGUUGAUAAGUGUCGGAAAAUUUAAAUUUGGCGCAUUCGCAUUUCCGGAUAUGUCCGCCAUCAGAGGCCACUUUUUUUGUCUCCUUUUCAUAAGGAUUAGAUUCCCUCUUUUGUCUUAUUGCUCGAUGGACGCGGAUGACGUGCAACGUAAAUAAAUUAGAUGAAGUAUACUUAUUCUCCGUUGACUUGGAGUGACAAAUCAUCUUUUCUUUUGAUUGAUCCCAUUUUUGUGCUCAAUACAGGCUCUUAAUAUAAUAAGAUUAUUAAAAUCUGUAUCAUGUGUUAGUUUUAAAUAAGUUCUGUAUGUUUGACUCGAUUAAAAUCCUUUUCGUAGUUGAUAAAGCAUAGAAAAAUGUCUUUGCAUUGAUUGUAGGAGUAAUUGAAAGCCAAACAGUGAUUUCUUCCUACUACAGUGAAACUUCCUAUUUCAAUAUUUGUAAUUUUUAUUUAUAAUGAAUUUUGGAUAUGGAUCUAACUCCAAACGAUUUUUAAAAUAAUCGUUUUGAGCUAGAUCUCCCGAUCUCGGAGGCACUUAAUGUUACAGUUAGGCCCAAUCAAACAAUUACUAAAACUGUUUUUAAGGUUCCUUAACCUCCCGGCUAUUGUGCGCAGGACACCCAUCCAUUUGAAACCAAAUUUUUUCUUCAGCUAAAGUUACUUCUGCAAGUAUCAGCAAAAAUCUUUUCUUGUAGGAAGUCCAAAAACUUUUCUGAAUUUAAAAUUUUGUCCUAUAUAUAAAGGCGCAGGGCAUUCAAUUUAAAUUUCUCUCAUUGAAAAAUGGUUUAAUAAUAUUAUGUCUAAAUAUUCAAAAAAUGUUAAUUAAUUUUUUUAGUCAUUUGUUUACCAAUCAAAUUUUAUUGAAACUAAAAGUUUAAAACAUAAAAAAGCAGGUGUAAACAGGUAAACAUAUAUAGGUGACUGCACCGAUCUACUUACCAAUCAAAAUUAAGAUUAUUUAAUAACAAACGCGAUGAAAUAAUAUUGCCUGCAAACAAUAAAUGAAAUACUAUAGCAAAGCUUUUAAGUUUAAAAAUCGGAGCAAGUAAAGUUGCGCGAGCGAUAAAUCCGAGCGUCUUAUUUAUAAACAACUAGUACUACUUUAUAUAUGCAAAAUUAUCGAUUCUAAAACCUUUACUAACUUCUGCAACAACUUUUUUGUUCUUCACUGUAUAAAUAUUAACUAUUGAUACGAAUAUGUCUUAAAUAAAAUUGAAUGCUCAAAUAUCAACGUUAUUUAACUCUUAAUAAUACUUUAUUCCGUUAAUAUUAUUAGUAAAAUAUGGGAUCUUUGAUUGAAAUUUGGCACUUUAUUGUAUAGCUAUUUUUAAUUAUUAUUGUAAAUUAUUUUUUUAUAAAUCUUUUUUUUUCUUUAACUGGAUUAAAUUUUUUAUUCUAUU